CACAGACACAUACCAGCAAGAAAUCUUUCAUUUGCAUCUCUUCUUAGUUCUCCUUUUCAUCAUUUGUAUUGCUAUUCUGUUUUAAAUUUCUUCCUCAAUCAUGAGUGCUAACACACAAGAUGCACAAGAAUACCUAGUUGAAGUCCAGACAACAACUCAAGAAACCGUUGUUACCCCACUCGACAUUAAUGUUGUUACCCCACUAGACAACACAUCCUCAAAAAAUGUGUCAGGUGAAAAGAAGAAGAUUGUGGGAGUGUUCUACAAGGGGAAUGAGUAUGCAAAACUGAAUCCUGAUUUUGUGGGCUGUGUUGAAGGAGCAUUGGGUAUACGCCAGUGGCUGGAAUCCCAGGGUCAUCAGUAUAUUGUCACUGAUGACAAAGAAGGACCAGAUUCUGAACUUGAGAGAAAUCUUUAUGAUGCACAUGUUAUAAUAUCUACUCCAUUUCACCCUGCCUAUGUCACUGCUGAAAGAAUAAAGAAAGCCAAAAAUUUAGAGUUGCUUUUGACUGCUGGCAUUGGAUCAGAUCACAUUGAUCUCAAGGCUGCAGCUGCGGCUGGUAUAACUGUGGCAGAGGUCACUGGAAGCAAUGUGGUGUCAGUUGCUGAGGAUGAACUCAUGAGAAUCCUCAUUCUAAUUAGGAAUUUCCUUCCAGGGUACCAUCAGUCUGUUAAUGGAGAAUGGAAUGUUGCUGGCAUUGCUCACAGAGCUUAUGAUCUUGAAGGAAAGACAGUAGGAACAGUAGGUGCCGGACGAAUUGGGAAGCUUUUACUCCAAAGGUUGAAACCAUUUAACUGUAAUCUUCUGUAUUUUGAUCGGAUUAGGAUGGAUCUUGGAUUGGAGAAAGAGAUUGGAGCAAAGUUUGAGGAGGACCUUGAUGCCAUGCUUCCAAAGUGUGAUGUUAUUGUUAUCAACACACCUCUUACUGAGCAAACAAGGGGAUUGUUUGACAAAGAUAAAAUUUCCAAGUGCAAGAAAGGUGUCUUGAUUGUUAACAAUGCUAGAGGGGCUAUUAUGGACACCCAAGCAGUUGCCGAUGCUUGUUCAAAUGGCCAUGUGGCAGGUUACAGUGGUGAUGUUUGGUUCCCACAACCAGCUCCAAAAGAUCAUCCAUGGCGCUACAUGCCAAACCAUGCCAUGACUCCUCAUGUUUCUGGCACUACCAUAGAUGCACAGCUACGUUAUGCUGCUGGUGUGAAAGACAUGCUUGAUAGGCACUUCAGGGGUGAAGACUUUCCAGAGCAGAACUACAUUGUAAAGGAGGGUCAACUUGCAAGCCAAUAUCGGUGAAGGGUAUCAAUAUGGUCUUAGAAACUUCCAUUUCUAAGGCCAACAAUGGAAGAGCAAAUAAAGAUUCAGAGAGCACUUUGAUUUUGCGAUGUACUUGUUUUGUUGAAUUUGAACUACUUUAAUUAAUCUCAAAUAAAAUUGCAAGGAACUCUAUGUUCCAUGCAUGGAUCUUUUGUUUUUCGAAUUUAAA